AUGGCUUGCGUGGAAUGUGUGUCUGGCUCUUUACACUCCGGAACACCAAUCGGGCAAGAGAUUUCGCUCGAAGGCAUAUCUGCGUACGCGGUUGGAGAUGAAUCCUCCAAACGCAUCAUCGUGUUCGGUACAGACAUUUUUGGCUGGAAAUUCAACAAUACAAGGCUGCUCGCGGACGAGUAUGCAUCCCGCGGCUUCCGCGUCCUCAUCCCAGAUUUAUUCGAUGGCUACGAGCUUCCACAGUGGACGCUCGCUUCCAACGACCCCGUAAACGAAACACCAACUCUUUUCCAGAGAUUGAUUUUGCGUCCAUUUGCCCUUUUCGUUCUUGUCCCUUUCGUCCUGCGCCACAGUCACUCCGACCAGUCCUCAAAGAUCAAUAAAGUCGUAAACCACCUACGCCAGACGUAUUCGGAAGCUAAGAUUGGCUUUAUCGGCUUUUGCUGGGGGGGCCGGUAUGCAAUCACAAUGAACGCCUCAUUCGAUGCGUCAGUCGCUGCACACCCCUCUCUCGUCAAAUUUCCCGCGGACCUCGAAGGGAUCUCCAAGCCGAUCAGCUUUGCGCUCUCGGAGACGGACCACAAUUAUAACAAGGAGCGCGGAGACGAAACGAAGUCUAUUCUGGAGAAGAAGGGUUUCACUGACUUUGAGGUUGUCGUCUAUGAGGGAGUCAACCAUGGGUGGACAGUACGGGGUAACAUGAGCGACCCACAUAAGAAGGAUGCGAGAGACAGGGCGAAGGAACAGGCGCUGGCUUGGUUCGAGAAGUACCUCUCCAUUACGCCGGUGUAG